AUGGCGAUCGUCUCAGAGCUUCAUGCCUCCAAUGCUUCAGACCGAAGACUCUACGCCUGUUUCCUCCUGACGUGUGCAGCUGGUUGUGUUACCAUGGUGAUUGUCUAUAACUGGUGGUCCAGGUUUGAGGACCUCCUGUCCAGAAGUCAUCUGGUCCGUCCAGGAUCUCCUUCAGUCUACAGACUGGUACCAAAGAGACGGACCACAACAGGAACCUGGACCAGAAUCACAGUCACUGACAGGAAACCCCAUCAGUCCAAUAAAACUAUGGUCCUGGUGGGUGAGACAGGAACAGGAAAGUCCACUCUGAUCAACGCUGUCUUCAACUACGUCCAAGGAGUGACGUGGGAGGACAACGUCUGGUUUGAGAUCGCAGAUAAAGACGGAGACACCAGACGCCAAUCAGAGAGUCAGACAAGGACGGUGACGGUGUAUGAAAUGUGUGGAGGUGGAACUGUGGACUUGUGUGUGACCGUGGUGGACACUCCUGGUUAUGGAGACACCAGAGGAGUAGACAGAGACCAGCACAUCACCACAGGGUUCCUGGACCUCCUGUGUUCACACGAAGGAGUGGACGGCGUGGACUUGGUGGGCGUGGUCCUGAAGGCCACGGACAACCGACUGAGCGACCGCCUACUUUAUGUCUGGGACUCGGUCACGUCUCUGUUCGGUAAAGACCUGGACAGAAACAUGGUGGCUCUGAUCUCACACUCAGACGGGAUGAAACCUGAAGACGCCCUCCGAGCUCUAGAAGACGCCCACGUCCCACUGAGCAAAGACCAGAACCAGGAACCGCUUUAUUUCCUGUUCAACAACCGUCAGACCACACCCAGACAGAAGAGGACGGUCCGACAUCUGCAGAGCUCAUGGCAGACGUCCACGGACGGUCUGAAGGAGCUCAUGGACUUCAUGCACAAACGGGAACCUCAGAACCUGAAGACCACUUUAGAAGUCCUCCAAGAACGGAUCAGACUGGAAUCCUGUAUCAGAAAGUUAAAGGAGGAACUGGACGGGACAGACGCUCCUUUAAACACAGAUGAAAGUCUGGACCAGGCCGUGGACCACAUCCUCCAUCUGGACCAGAUCGCACUGAACGUGGACUCACUGUCCACUUAUGUCCAUCUGGACUUCCUGAUCCAGAAGAUGAAGGAGAAGGGGGACGCCGAGAAAGUGCAGAAACUGGAAGAGAUGGAAGGACGAAUAAAUGAACGAACCAAGACAGCAAUGUGGUUUGCAUGUGCCUUCACCGUGGGGCUGAAACAGUGA